UCCAAAGCUGUGAAUUUGGGCGAGUGAAAGGAUGGGAAAUAGGGAAACUGAGCAGAGAAAUGGGAGUGUGGGACAAGAUAAUGAAUUCUGGUUUUGAGUCUGAAAGGACUAUGGAACUGUCCAAUAGGCAACUGGUGAAAGAAACUGAGAUGAUACAAAAUGUCAGAAAACAAUGUCUAAAAAUUAUAUUUACAUGUAAUCUGGAAAAAAUCUAAUAAUUUAAAAAAAGAAGAAAGGAACCAAGCCUGGAGAGCCAGAGAAACUAGGUCUUAUAGAAAUUGGUGAACCAACUGAACAUAGAGAUGAAAAUUAAGAGCAACAGAAUACCAAGAAGAGUACAUGAACACUAGAUGGCCUCCUUGGUAGCUGUUUUCCUUCAUGGUUCUCUUUUUCCUUGAAUAGGAACAUUUUGGCAAGGGUAAAUCGGAACAAUUCAGUCUAUUCAGUUCUCCUCAUGGAAAAGACCUGCUUUUUAAGGACUCUACCAACCGGUUUCUGAGGGUCCCUGCAAGGAUGGACUAUGAACUCUACCUGGGAUACCAGUACAUCCAGGCUAUUAAGCCUAUGAGAGGUCAUGCCCUAGACAAGCUCCAUCCCUUGGAGGACAAGAAGGUGAAAUGGUGUACAGUAAGCAAAGAAGAAAAGGCCAAAUGUGAUGAGUGGAGCGUGUUUAGUAAUGGAGUCAUCGCGUGUGAGGCGGCAGAUGACACUGAAGAUUGCAUUGUCAAGAUAAUGAAAGGGGAAGCUGAUGCCAUGAGCAUGGAUGGAGGAUAUGUCUAUACUGCUGGCAAGUGUGGUCUGGUGCCUGUCCUUGUUGAGAACUACCUAUCUAACAAGGAUGAACCCCUUGGACCUGACUGUGAGAAUAAACCUGCUACUGGUGAGUCUGAAUUGAUAAUUCUAGGGGUGGAAGGAACAUUUCUGUUCUAAAAAGCAAAACUCUAA